AUGCCCGCUUCCUCGGCUCCCGCCUUCGAGGACGAGACGAUCAUCGUCGUCCUCGGCGCUUCUGGUGAUCUUGCCAAGAAGAAGACGUUCCCGGCGCUCUUCAACCUGUUCAAGCUGAACCUGCUGCCCAAGCAGACGCACAUCAUCGGAUAUGCUCGCACCAAGAUGGACCAGCCCACGUUCCACGAAAAGAUUUCGGGCCACCUCAAGGGUCUCGACACGGACGAGGGGAAGCAGGCCAAGGAGGGUUUCCUCAAGAUCUGCAAGUACAUCUCGGGCCAGUACGACGAGGAUGAGUCGUUCCAGAAGCUCAACAAGGAGAUGGAGGAGACGGCGAGCGGCAAGGGCGACAAACCCCCCAGCAGGCUCUUCUACAUGGCGCUGCCGCCCAACGUCUUCACCGUCGUCGCAACGGGCCUCAAGAAGAACUGCUACAACGACAAGGGCCAGAACCGCAUCGUCAUUGAGAAGCCGUUUGGCAAGGACCUGGAGAGCAGCCGCGAAAUGAUUGGCGCGCUCAAGGGCCUGUGGAAGGAGGAGGAGACUUUCCGUAUCGACCACUACCUCGGAAAGGAGAUGGUCAAGAACCUCCUCAUCAUGCGUUUUGGCAAUCCGCUGAUCGACGCCGGCCUGAACAACAAGCUGGUCGACAACGUGCAGAUCACGUUCAAGGAACCCUUUGGCACCGAGGGCCGCGGCGGCUACUUUGACGAGUUUGGCAUCAUCCGCGACAUCCAGCAGAACCACCUGUCGCAGGUGCUCUCGCUGCUCGCCAUGGACCGGCCCAAGUCGUUCUCCGCCGAGGACAUCCGGGACCAGAAGGUCAAGGUGCUCAAGGCGGUCCCGGCCAUCAAGGAGGAGGACGUGCUGAUCGGGCAGUACACGGCCAGCGGCGACAAGCCCGGCUACAAGGACGACGACACCGUGCCCAAGGACAGCAACUGCCCCACGUACGCUGCAUUGACGCUGUGGGUCAACAAUGACCGAUGGAAGAAUGUGCCGUUUAUCCUCAAGGGCGGAAAGGCGCUCGACGAGGCCAAGGUCGAGAUCCGGGUUCAGUUCAAGGACACCGAGGGCGGCAUCUUCCAGGACAUUCCGCGCAACGAGCUCGUGAUCCGCAUUCAGCCCAACGAGGCGGUGUACCUCAAGAUGAAUGCCAAGAAGCCUGGCCUGGAGAUGAACACGCUGCCGGCGGACCUGGACCUGACGUACAAGGAGCGGUUCAGCGAGGUGCGGAUCCCCGAGGCGUACGAGGCGCUGAUUCUCGACGCGCUCAACGGCGACCACUCGAACUUUGUGCGCGACGACGAGCUCGACGUGAGCUGGGCCAUUUUCACGCCGAUCCUGCACGCCAUUGACGCGGGCAAGAUCAAGAACGAGCCGUACCCGUACGGCAGCCGCGGACCGCCGAGCGUGCACAAGUUUGUCGAGAGGUACGGCUACAAGCGCAGCAACCAGUCGUACGAGUGGCCCACGACCAACGUGCAAAAGGUGCAGGGCCGCAUGUGA